AUGAAUGCUCUGUCUAACAAGGAGCAGCUGCUGGACCGAGAGAACGCUCACUCCGUCGGGCUGCUGCAGAACCCGUUCAACGCCCAGGGCUCGAGCGGAGCCUUUCCUGGCCUCCCUGAGCAUCUCAGCUUCGUCAAGAGCGUACCCGCAAGGCCAGGGACGCCUACCCUCAACCCCUGGAAGGACGGCGGGAAGUUCCCUGACGGAUGUCCGGAGGAUCCUUUCGCGCUGGUGAAGGAGGAGCUGUCGCCAUUCUCAGACAGCAUCAAAGACGUUGUUGACACAGACCACCCCAUCCUCUCGGAGGCCGCGAAGCAUUUCUUCGCCGAGAGGCAGGGGAAGCGCUUCAGGCCCACGAUCGUUAUGCUCAUGGCCAAGGCGACGGCACCCAACCCGAAGGAGCACAGGAGCGGGCCCGUGUACGAGAAGCAAGCGGAGCUCGGGCAGAUCACUGAAAUGAUCCACGUGGCGUCUCUGAUCCACGACGACGUGCUGGACGAGGCGGACACGCGACGAGGAGGGGAGUCAGUGCACAAGCUCUACUCGAACAAGGUUGCGGUGAUCGCUGGUGACUAUCUGCUUGCUCGAGCUUCUGUUGUGCUCGCUCGGUUGGAGAACACGGAAGUGACUGAGAUCAUGUCGACCGCUCUGGAGAGUUUGGUGCAGGGAGAGAUCAUGCAGAUCAAGACCGGAGAAGAUGACUUGCUAGACAUGAUGACAUACUUGAGGAAGAGCUACCACAAGACUGCCUCUCUUAUCUGUGACGCAUGCAAGUCCUGUGCCAUCCUUGCCGGGCAUGCAGCAGACAGCGAGGAGGCGAACGCGGCGGAGGAGUACGGAUAUCACCUCGGACUCUCCUAUCAGAUCAUCGACGACGUGCUGGACUUUACAGGGGCAUCGGACGUGCUGGGAAAGCCGGCCAUGGCUGACGUCAGUCUCGGACUCUCUACUGCUCCCGUGCUGUACGCGGCUGAGAGCAUAGCGGAGCUGAAGCCGAUGAUCAGGAGGAAGUUCAAGCAGGAGGGAGACGUUGAGAAGACGCUGAGGUUUGUCCUCCAGUCCGACGGCAUCGAGCGCGCCAAGUCUCUCGCUCUCUUCCAUGCUCAGCGGGCAGUCAACGCCAUCUGUCGCCUCCCUGAGUCCGAGGAGAGGAACGCGCUCAUCUCGCUUGCUCACAUGGUCCUUAGCCGCAAGUCCUAA